AUGUCGGCGCUCCUGCGAUGGCUGGAGGGAGGAGGAGUACAGCUCGGGGGAGUCGAGGCUGUGUGGAGGGAGGGGAUGGGAUGGGCCCUACGAGCGAGCAAGCGCAUCAGUCCGGGCGAGACCUUCCUCAAGGUCCCCCGCCACCUCCUCCUCGGCCCCCACCAGCUCAGGGCCAGCAGCCUUGACAGGCUCCUCGAGGGCUGGCAGCUUCCCGACUGCAUGCUGCUGCUCCUCAUGUGCGAGAGCGUAAACAGCAGCAGCUUCUUCCGCCCCUACCUCGACCUUCUCCCCGACACCGUCGACACUCCCAUCACCUGGAGCAAGGAAGAGGCAAAGGAGCUGGUUGGGUCCCCCGUCCUGCAUAGGGCAGUGAAGCUCCGCCAUGAGCUCGCGCGAUCCUUCCAGGAGAUGAAGGACAAGGUCUUUGACAAGUAUCCUGACCGUUUCCCUCCCCUCCUCUUCUCCUACGAGCGCUACCAGUGGGCAUACUCCAUCCUCCGCUCCCGCGCCUUUGGGAACUACACGCUCAUGCCCCUUAUUGACUUGAUGAAUCAUCAUCCAGAUUCGCGCCUCGCUCCAACUCUCCUUUCCGACGGGUCCGACGCGCUCAUCGCCCGCAGGGAGUACAACGUGUGGGGAUUCUAUGGCAGGAAGUCCGACGCUGAUCUCCUCCUCAACUAUGAUCUCAAGCACAUGCUCGUACAGGCGUGCGGCUUCUCCAUCACCCAGCAGAAGUUCGCGCUGUACAAGGGUCUCAUCUCUUCUUCCUUGAUCACUUUCCUCUCCAUCGACGCUGCUGACGACGUGGACGGGGAGGAGACGCUCAUUGCGCUGGCGCACGGAGACGUCAGGACGAUGAGGGUCCAGCUACCCGAGCGGAGAUCUCGUGGCCGACCUCAAGCGCUGGCGAGGAGGCGGAAGAGCGACGAGGCGACGACAAGCCCUCACUAUCCGCAUGGGUGA